UCUUGAACCAAGAAAUCCAGCCACAUUCAGAUACCAUAUUAGAUAUUGAAGGUGAAUGUUACCCUUUUCUCCUUGAUAUUUGACCCGCUUCGGGAUUCAGAGACUACGUGUACUCUGGUGGGUGCCACAGAGGAGCAUCACCGAUCUGUAUGAGUAUGAGAGUAAGAAUACUAAUAGCGUCCCAGUCGGUCCGAACGCCUCAUGUCCACAAACCAUACAUGUAUACCUACAUGACGGUACAUCUCAAAUCAAGUGGCUGCAAAAGCUUCCGUGUAAUUCACCAUCCUCAUCCUCAUCGUCAUGAAAGAACCUCCAAGUCUUCGUAUUCGAGCUUCAUUAUGCCAUAUCCUAACGCUAAUAGACGACAAAAACAUCAUGUGCCGUUUCCGACAUCCAGUCAAUCUCAAACGAAUUGUCCAAAUCAACAUACACUAAAGAAAAAAGCUUCAAUGCGUUCUUCCCAUGCUCAAAUGCCAUUGUAAAAACUUUAUAAAAAGAUACCCUAAAAGGCAUCACCA